ACCGUCAAGAGGAGGAAAACUUUUCCAAAAUAUUCACACAAUUUGCUUACACACUAAGCAACGUUACGAGCCAGUUUUACACUCCGGCCUUUAGGCGUCUCCCGACUGUAAAAAGCCUGUAAAAGAAGAAACGUGAUGAAUUGCACAUACGCGAGAUCAUUUAUGUGACGGACCACUUGGUGCGUAGCUGUUUUAGUUCCGGGUGUGUGUAGCUCCGUUAGGCUAGCCACCGUUAGUGACUGUAGGUGUGUCACUGUACAGCAGCGCUACUUCCCACCGAGCGCAUAGGUACAAAGUAGCCAUUUAUGCAUCGUACCUGAGAAGAAGUUCCGUGACGAGGGAGAGAAUGGCGGCAGCGUUACUGUCUGAGACAGAGAUCCGGCACCGCUCUAUGGCGGAAGAGGACCCGAACGGGAACGAGCACGGCGCGGCCGCCCGCAGUAGCGCACCCCGCUGGGGACCGCAGCACGCCGGGGCCCGCCAGCUCGCCCAGCUCUACUCCCCUGGAAAAAGGCUACAGGAGUGGGUCUGUGUAAUCUUGUGCCUCUCGCUCUUCGCUGUCAACUUCUUCUUCCUCCUCAUCAACUUCUCCGGAGUGCCCAUCUACAGAAUCAUCUUUGGCAUUGUGGCCGGUAUCGUGACUGCAGACUUUGCCUCUGGAGUCGUGCAUUGGGGAGCUGACACCUGGGGCUCUGUGGACAUCCCCAUCAUUGGGAAGGCGUUUAUCCGUCCAUUCCGGGAGCACCACAUCGACCCUACGGCCAUCACGCGGCACGACUUCAUUGAGACUAAUGGGGAUAACUGCAUGAUCACCAUCCUGCCUCUCGCCCACAUGGCCUACAAGUUCCUGUCCUACACACCAGAUGCCCUUGCCGAGUCCUACCCCUGGGACUGUUUUGUGUUUGCGCUUGCUGUCUUUGUGACGAUGACCAAUCAGAUCCACAAGUGGUCACACUCCUACUUCGGCCUGCCACGAUGGGUCACUCUGCUGCAGGACUGCCACCUAGUGCUGCCCCGCAAGCACCAUCGUAUCCACCAUGUGUCCCCUCAUGAGACCUACUACUGCAUUACUACAGGCUGGCUGAACUACCCUCUGGACCAGAUAGGCUUCUGGAGGAGGAUAGAGUGGUUGGUCGAAAAGCUAACAGGACAGAAGCCACGCUGUGAUGACAUGGCCUGGGCCAAAAAGACAGAGUGAGAUGAUAACGGGACUGCAGCACCCUCAUCCCUCGCUCCUCUCCUCCUCUGAGCUGAGGGGGAGCCUCUUGGAGGGAGAAAAGCAGAAUAUGGGCCUUACCUCUGACCCCUAAUCCACCCUUAAUCCCCCCCUUUCUCUCCAUCACUAUAGCACAGAAAAUUUCCGCUGCUGAGGCCUUCACCUGUCUCUAAAGUCUGCAACACACAAGCCGUCUCUGACUCCUCCAUGUCUCAUCUGAUGGUUUUCAUUCACACUCCCUCACACACACAGCAGAAAGAGAAAGCUGAAUUUAAGGCAUGUGUCUAGCAGCACAGCAGUAAAAACAUUAGUGAUGAGUAAUAGUUGAUUAGUAAUAGUGAAUAAUUUUGUACUAAUUUUCCCUCUGCUUGUCGUAGUGGCUUUCUCAUAUUGUUCAUCCUCUGGAGGUUGGGCUCUCCAGGGGCCAGGAAAUAGAUAUAUUUUUUAUUGUAUUUGCUUGCCAUCUGAUUUGGGGUCAAUCAAGAAAUGGUUUUCUAUAUCAGCACUCCAUUUGUCCAGACAGACAGCUUAAACGAUGUUCUGCUUUUCUUUAGAUGUUACAUGUCCUCCAUUUUUGUCUGAAGACGAUGUCUGUGAGUAAAAAUGGAGGGAAGCGAGUUUUGUUGGUCAGUCAUGUAAUCUGUGCUUUGGUGAAUGUUUCCAUGUCUAUACAUACCACAGGCCAGAUUGCAGAUUUUAGAUUGCAGGACAUGAGCACUUAAGACCUCUGAACGAGGACGCCUGAUUCGUUUUUGGACUAGCUGUAGCAGUCCAACUAAUAUUUAUUUAAAAAAAAAAAAAACAUACUGAAUCUUGCAAGCUUGCACUUGGUUUUGGUCUGUGAAUUCACAGCGGCACUGCUGAGACAGAACCAGAACAGCGGAAGAGCUGUUUCAAUUAUCCUUAAUUCUGCACACAUGAUCAUAACUGACUCUUGAAUCCAUGAAGCAGAACAAGGUGUAAGCUUCAUGUCGGUUGGUACCAGGCUAAUGCUGACUAAUCCUACUGUAUUUAAAAACACUCCCGGCGUUUCCACCUAAUCUCUAUCCACCGCAUAUGUAGCAUUAUGCACUUGCAACGGAUGGGAACUUCAGUGCGUUUUCCUGUACUGAGAUGAUGUAAAACUCAUUCACACUUUAAUUCUGUGAAGAAAUGUAUAAAAUAUAUGACUAAAAGUAAAACUGUUACAUUUUAACAAUAAACUUCUUUAACUUUAAGCUGUUCUUAUCCAAGAAGCAAUAUAUUAAAGUCCUUCCGAUUUCUUAUGCUUUUCUGAAGGUUGUGCAAGGAAUCUGAUUUUCUGUUCUUCAUGCAAUACAUAUGCGAUAGACAUACAUUAGGUUACUGGAGGUUUUUUUUUUUU